CUGGCAUAUCUCUUAUUUCAGGGUUUUACAACUGACGUGACCGUACCAAUAUCAGCUUUAGCAAAGGUUGUCACGGAAACCCGAGAAGAUAUCGAUAAAUCCGGUGUUUUUGGAGCAAUAGCAGGACAUGUUGGUGAUGGUAAUUUCCACUGUGUCUUCCCGGCUGAUGAGUCAAAUGAGGAGGAAAUGAAAAUCAUCUGGGACUUGUCGGACCGCGUUGUUAGGUUUGUUCAUUUCAGCCUUGUAGUACUUUGGAAAAAAACGAUUAUAAAGCUACCUCUUACUUAAAA